UCUGUAACAGCAGGACACAGCAUAGCUCUGGAGCCAUGGAUGAGGAGAACGUCUGUAGCCUAGCUACAUACUCGCACCACGUGCUCUCUGUGUUUAUCACCAGGGUAUUCUGGGAAGCGGUGCUCAUGGUAACCAAUGUAAACAGCAGCCCUUCUUGUUCUCUUCCUCGUCUCGGCUCUGCAGUAGCGCCAAAGCGGAUGAAAAUGGCAAGCAUGGCUCGCAGCGAGGACCAGUAUUAUGAAAAGAUAACAUCGAUUCAACAAAACAUGCAUAAAAGGGAGAAACGGAGGCUGCAGCUGGAAAAGGAACUGUUUGCUUACUCCAGAUCUGAUAAUAGAAUCUCACAGAUAAAGUGUUCCAAACUGCGCAGUUAUCUCAAGGAAAUCUGUGACAGGGAAGCACGAGCAAAAAUGAGAAACCUUGAGCUUCUGAGAGAUGUGGAGUGCAUAGAAAUUAGGAUGAAGGAAUAUAGUCCUGACCAUGGCCCCCUGCAACAACAAAAGGCUGACUUUUUCAAAAAGAUUUCUAGAUUUAUGGAAGAAAAGAAGAAUGUAGACAAGGAGCUCGGCACAGCAAAGGUUGAAACUGUGUAUAGACGGCACUGGGACAGCUCCCUCUCUCACCCAGCUAGGGAUUUUACACAACCACCAGUGGUAAUUUUUAUGGACUACCAGACCUCCAGAGGGUCUGACGCUGAAGCUGGCACCACAAGUGUACACUCACACCAAGCAUUGCAUCGUUCACCCAAUCGCAGCAUGCACUCCCGCGAACGUCUACCAAGUGGCCUUUUGAAGGACUUCAGAGUUGGCGGAGAGGAUGCUGCCAGCAACCGAGCACAUUUAUCAGAUGACAUUUCAGGCUCAAACGAUUCCCCUGACGGCUGUAAUUUGAGUGACAAACAUGAAAGAACGAUGGCAGUGCACCCAUCUGUUCGUGCCUUAACAGGCGCAGCUGGCAAUGUGCCUUUUGGAAGUGAUGAUGAACAAGAACCUUUACCUCUGGUGACCUUGACGGGGCCUGAGAAGAAUCUGUCUCCCAGCAGCAGUAGACUCAUAAAGAAUUCCCCUGCAGAACACACUGACUCCCGAGAGGUGGCUCAUCAGCCACCCAUAAUGGAAGAUGGAGAGAGAGGUCACAGUCAUUUCAUGCCUCAAACCACUUUGGAAAAAGAAGCUCAAGAUAUUCCAGGUAGAUGUGAGAGUGUCAGCACACCAAGCUCUGAUGUGCAGUUGUCGGAGAGCAGUGCUAGUGAUCUGUCCAUUUCCCUGACACAGUCUGAGCUGGAAGAGGAUCUACCAGAGGGUGUGGCACCUGAGAGGAAUGGCACUUCUGGAGGGAGUGAUGAUCACAAUCAGCACAGUCCUGAAUCAUCCCUCCACUCUGAUGGGUCCAAGAACACACCACAGUUAAACUGUGAAUCCUUAGCUCCAGCUCCAGCUCCAGUGGCCGUGCAAAGUCUCUCCCAGGAAGGACUCUUUAAUCUGCUGGACAACAUCGAAGGACGACUUCAUGGUGAACAGACCAUUGUGUACGGGGAUUCUGCAAUUGAUGGAAGACAACUCAAUAGAAUUAUCAGCCUUUGUAACGGUGGAGCGGGCUUGAAUGACGAGGACCUUGAAGCAUGUGGAGCAGUCAUCCUUCAUGAGCUUCAGAGGUUGUCAUGGAGCACAGCAAAGGGCUGCCUGCUACCACAGGAUCUAGUGAGAGCUCACCAGUCCAGCACUGAGCCUAAUGAAAUAAGCACCAGCCUCCCUCCUGAUGCUGCUCGGCUGUGGGAUCGCUGGUUCAAGCACGCCCUUCUGCUGAAGGAGCGCCGUGUCCUCAGCACUGAGCGCUUGGUCCAGCUGUUUACGCCGCAGCUGCUGGAGCGCCAUGCCGCCUACAGCCACCAGGCCAAAGUGCUGCUGAGGACACUUGUGUCCCGGUCCAGUGAGGAGUGCCCCUCAGCAGAGGACGAGAGUGACUUGUCUUCUUCAUGUGGUCCUCCUCCUCUCCUGGCUGACAGUGAUGUGAAGCCCGCCAGGCCGGUCCGGAAGCAACAGAUCCAAGAACUACAAAGUACUGAAGAGGACAGCCAGGACGAAAGCCCUGUGGAAAGUGUUCCUAUUAGAGAGACAAAAGCAUAUCAGUUACUUAAACAAUCAGCCAUGCAGGAAAGGCUAGGGAGUUCUGAAGAGGAGGAGGGGGAGGACGAUGGCCUCUCAGGAAUAAAUCAUGGCCAUGAAGAGGACCUGGGGAGGGCCAAACGCUCCUCACAUCAAGACCCUUACCUUCGGAAAGAGAUGACUAACUCAAAGGCUCAUUCUAUUCUCCAGUCCAAAGCUCUCUGGGGGGAAUCAGAUGACAGCUACUCAGAGAUUGAAGCAGCCUUACGUCCUCAACGUUUCAACGCAAACAACGGUGACAUUGAUGACUUCUGUGACUGAUAUUUCCCUGCAGAUAUUUUUUAAAUGCACUACAUUAUAUUGCUGAAAAUUUCAGGUGGUUUGGCUCACAGUAAUUCACCCCCCUGACCAUUAUUUUAGUGGUCUGCAUUGUAAAUCAUAUGCACACUGUAUCGUAAAAACAAAUAAAGUUGACAGCUCUCAUGCUGGGUAAAGUAUGUGAAGAGUUGUCCAACACUCUGAUGUUAA